AUGCACCUCACCACCCUCCUCCCUCUCCUCCUCGCCGCCGCAGCUGCCGUCAUCGCACUCCCUCAACCACCUAACAACAACAAUCCCCUCCUUCUCUCAACCGCCAAUGGGGGAAGACCCGUUCCGGAAGGCGCAUGCUGUGUCGAGGGGACGGAUAACAGCAAUAUCAAGAAUGAUCGAUGUAUCAAGGCAAACGGGCAGGUGGGGAGAUGUGGGAUUACUGCUACGGCUGCUUGUAAGUCAAAUUCCAAAGAGAAGAGUGAUGUGAUAUCGUGGAAAGCGAAGUACUAAUGUGGGUGGGUUGUAGGCGGGACUAUGAAGUUGGUUUGUGGGUAG